AUGUCAAAGACAGUUGUCAUGGAAUUUGAUGAGACAGUUGGCAGGGCGAGGGAGGGGCCUUGGUUGUGCUAUGGAGUUUCCAAUGAAACUCUUGAGGCCCAUGAAAAGAUGGGAGAUAAUAUUCGAUCUCAGAAGUUGAUUAACAACCUUCAUAAUGUUCUUCAGGAUACGAGUUCACUUGGGACAAUCGCCGGGAAGGAGCGGCCAAUGCUUAGGGAAUUCGGAGGUUUCUUGUCAUACCAUCUUGUUUCAAUGUCUUCGGAUCAUUAUCCUAUUCUGAUUGAAAACGUGGCUCCGAGAGAGAGAGAAUUUUUUUUUUUGUUAUUUUUUCUGCUUCUCUCUCACUCACUCUCUCUCUCAGCUCAGAGCGAAAACCGACCUGAUCUGAAAACCAAUAGAUCCCAGCGAAGUCGCCACCCGAUCCUGCGCCUCUUCCUCUCCUCCAAAACCCUAUUCGCUUCCCGCCAAACCCACCGCAACCUCUCCCACCUCAUCUGCAUCUUCCCUCAGGACCCUGCCCUCGCCUGAUCCUACCUUUUCGACCUUCGCCACCUCGCCUAGUACACCCUCCCCAUGCCCUGUAACCCCCACGUCUACGACCUCUACAACUUUACCUACGUCCCGAUCGGGCCCCACCUCGGCUGCUCUCUCUUAGACACCGCCCUUCCAGAUCGACGCCCCACACCGUCGUCGGCGGUGUUCUGGUUUGACUUCACCACGGCCUCCUGGGAGUACCGCGCUCCGAUGCUAACCCCACACGGGAGCUUCGCAUGUGCGAAGGUUCCAGAUUCCGACCAGAUCAUCGUCGCCGGAGGCGGUUCCCGCCACACCAUGUUCAAUGCCACCGGGAGCAGGAUGACCUCGGUGGAGAGGUAUGAUAUAUGUAGAGACGAGUGGGUGGCAAUGGAAGGGCUACAUAGCUUUCGGGCCGGGUGUGUGGGGUUCUUUGCUGGAAAUGUGGAGGAGAGGGAGUUUUGGGUGAUGGGCGAGUACGGCCAGGCCAUGACUAUAUCAGAGGUGGUGCCGGUGGACAAGUAUUACCGGAAUGCGGUGGUGAUGGAAUUGACGAAUCGUAAUAGUGAUGGCAGGUGGAGGGAGACAGGUUGAUAAUGAGGUUGAUCUUGCACAACCUGGUGUGUUCAUGCUUGAUGGGAAUGAUAUAUUCAGGUAACUUUGCCAAACUCUAGCUGAAAUAUAUAUUUGUUAUGGUCUUUGGAAUUCGAUGUCAAUGAAGUUUAGUUUCGUGUGUAAAGUUUUAGUUGGAAUUUUAGAUUGCUGUAAACAAUAGGCAUAAUGGGUUUGAAAUGUUGUUGUAAGUCCUUGUAAUGGGAGUGUAAGCAUUUUGUGCAACUGCAACGAAAUGAGGAUUACAAAAUGAAUGAAGGAGAUCGGGAAGAAAUUCUCUGUAUAUGAAGGAUUAAGGAAUUCGGUACUCAAGAGUUAGAUUGAAUGUUCAGGCGAGUUGGCGAGAGAGAGAGAGAGAGAGAGAG